AUGCCUUCUUUACUACUAAACCUAGUAGUCCGUAUUUGUCUUUUCAAUGUUAGUAACAGUGAUAAAAUUACUUUCGAAAAUGUGACAGUUCGGUCGUAUUUUUACAAAGGGGCACUAGAGACCCAAGCUACAUCUGUCAAUCUUAAAAAAAUGAUUCCUGAUGAAGAACCAGUGAGGGUGGACAUCACUGGAGGCGUCCCCAUCUUGUACGAAAAAUCCGUUUUCGACAUACCAAAUUUGAACAGUCUCGACCUGGCUGACGUGGGUUUGGAAGAAAUCAAGCCCGGAGCUUUUGGUAAUUUACCACUUUUAGACACUCUUUUUUUGAAUCGGAAUAACUUGACACUAAUCAAAAGUGGUACUUUUACCGAUCUAAAUGUAUCAUAUCUGGAUUUGUCAUCCAACUCAAUCUUCCUUUUACAACCACGAGCCUUCAAGAAUUUCAAAGCUGGUCACGUCUCACUUGAUAAGAACAAACUCACUGAAAUUUCAAGUGGUGUCUUCGAAAAUGUUACUCUGAGAAGCUUAAGUUUGGGUGAUAAUCAUCUCUACAUCAUCGCACCAAAAGCUCUGUCUGCAAUUGGAUUGACUACAUUGAGUCUGUUUGGUAACAAACUCGAGGAAAUCGAUCCGGAGGUGUUUGAUAUGCAAGAAUUAGUAUCACUCGAUUUGGAUGAUAACUCAAUCAAGCUUUUGCGACCUGGUGAUUUGAGAAACUUGCCAGAGUUGGAGGCGUUCAGUCUCGAGAAAAAUGGGUUGAAAGAAAUCCCAGAUGGUAUUUUCAACAACACCAAACUCACCUAUUUGAAUCUAGCUACAAACCAGAUUGUUAAAAUUGCGAGUAAAGCUUUUGAUGACAUGUUGGCGCUUAGAGUGUUGAAGAUUGACUCCAAUAAUCUAACCCAAUGGGAUGAUUGGCUGACAUCACCGUUCGCUUCUAUCUCAGUCCGUUUUAAUCAGAUUACUGAGAUUCCAGAUGAAGCUUUCAAGAACUAUUUUCGGUUGUUCAAUAUAAAUCUUCAAGGGAAUCGCAUCAGGAAGAUUUCAACUAAAGCUUUUCGGAAAUUGGAACAGAUUCGUUAUUUUAAUUUGGCCGAUAAUGAGAUUGAUAACUGGGAUCCAGAUACAUUGGGGAAUGUUAGCAUUGUUAGUUUGGAUCUCAGUGAAAAUAGGUUAAAGUGUAUUAAAGGAGAUUUGGAAACAAUUUUCAAGAAUGUUCAAAAGAUACGUUUGGAAAAUAAUCCUUGGAAAAAAGAGUGUGCUAAGAAGGUUGAGAAGUUUCAGAAAAAAAAGAAGCAAAUACCGUAG